UACAGGCGUGAGCCACCGCGCCCGGCCUAUUGAUAAUUUUCAAAAGUGAAUAAUCUGAAUAGAGUUCAUUAUAAGAAUAACACAAUUGACAAACACAUCUGGUUGUUUCUGUUGUACAAAAUAAAAUAAAUUCAAUCCAAAAAACAUUUUAGACAAAAUAUCUAUAAAUACAACGUAUUAGCAAUAUUUUCAAAGAGGUUAUAUCUAAUUUAUAAAAAUGCUUAUAUAUAACCUUACAAAGAAAACAUUUUCAUAUAUAACAUAAAAAUCCUGAAACAUUAGAUGCCGCAAAUACCUAGCACUUCAUUAGAAUUUACUAAAAAUACAUCAGUUAUCAAGUAGAGUCAGUAAAUCUGAAGUCGAUUCUGAACAUUAGAGUAUUAAUAAAAAUGCAAAGAUAAGUGAAGUGAAUCCCCAGUGUAAAACUACCAGCCUAGCAUAUAUUGGUUCCAAAUAAAAGAAGUAAAGUUUUAACCAAGUUACAUUUUGGAAAUAUAAUGAAUUAUGACUGAUAACACUAUACUGUUUUUAUCUAACAUCAAGCAAAGCAACACCAGGAGUCCAAUAAAUAGAAAUAUAUCAUGGACAGUGAAAACAUUAACAAUUCUGGGGUUUGUGUUGUCAUCUCUUACAGCAUUUCCUAUUUCCCUGGCAAUCCUCAGAACUCAGACAGGAGGGUGGCCCCAUCAGUGCAUGUUGAAGGGUGAAGGCCUGGUACAGAGAAUUAUCCAUUUCAAGCAGAAGGAAAAUAGACAAGUUGUGGUGUUGGGACACAUUACAGGAUUGCCUGAAGGACAGCAAUUCCAUGUUCAUCAGUUUGCAAAUAAUAUACAAGGCGGUACCAGUGCCGGUCCUCACUUUAAUCCUCUAUCUCCAAAACAUGGUGGACCAAAGGAUCAAGAGAGGCAUGUUGAACACCUGGGCAAUGUGACUGCUGGAAAAGAUGGUGACAAUGUGUCUAUUGAACAUUCUGUGAUCUCACUGUCAGGAGGCCAUUCCAUCAUCGGCCACACAAUGGUGGUCCAUGAAAAACCAGAUGACUUGGGCAAAGAUGGGAAUGAAGAAAGUACAAAGAUGGGAAAAGCUGAAAGUUAUUUGGCUUGUAGUGUACUUGGGAAUUCCCAGUAAACGUUCCCUUGGAUGAGGUCUGAGUGCCAGUAACACAUUUGUUAUCCUGCUAGCUGUAGAAAUGUAACUUGAUAAACAUUUAACACUGUAAUCUUAAAAGUGUAAAGAAAAAAAAAAAAA